CCCUUUCUCUUAUUUUUCCCGGCCAGAUUAUUUGUCCCGACCGCCCAUGAGAAAAUGUGUUACGAAAGUGUACACAUAGUUCUUUCCUUGAGAGACACCGUGGCUUGCAAACGAGCGAAGCAUCGUAGUUGCUCAGUGUUUGGAUGUAGAAAUGAACACAAACGUCUAUAUUUUGUUAAUUCACCCGAGCCGCUGAAGAACCAGUGGGUUAAUUUUAUUGUCUCUGGAAAUGCGCCAGUCUGCGCCAAUCAUUUCACUGACGACUGCUUCCUCAACUUGGGCGAAUACAAAGCUGGACUUGCUCAAUGUCUGAAAAUCAAGUCUGGAUCAGUACCAACUCUCCUCGGCUCAGCUCCAAGCCUCGAAAAAGCCAGCUCAUCAAGUGCUUACAUUCAGCAGCUUCUUUCAAGGGAUGUCGCCUGCCAGAAAGAACACCUGGAAACGCAUAUUUGUAGGCACACAUCCAUCCUUAAAGUCUUGGCAGCCCCAUUUUAAAAGCUGCGAUGCCUUUAGAGACCGUAGCACUUAUCGCAACGCCACCUCAGAGAUUCUGGGUGAGGACGCCCCUGGCUCCUCCCACAUGUCCAUCCACAUCGAGGAACUGAAGAUUCUGAGUGUCUACGGAAAAGGGGAGGGCCCCUUGGCGACGGACGGCCAUGACACCCUCUUCACCGCGUCUGAAGUAGAGGCCCUGAACUCGCUGUCUGCAGACCACAGCGCGGCCAAGAGCCUGGAGCGCGGCGAGCGGCUGGUCUGCCGCGAGGAGCUGAGUGUGCAGCAGCAGACCCCAGACACCAUUUCAAUCAAGGUUGAAGAGGAUACUGGUGGAGGCUUGCCCACCGUAGAAGACUGCGAUGCCGUUGGAGACCGUAGCACUGAGCGCAACGCCACCUCAGAGAUUCUUGUUGUGGACGCACCGGGCUCCUCCCACAUGUCCAGUCACAGCGAGGAACUGAAGAUUCUGAGCGUCUACGGAAAAGGGGAGGGCCCACUGGCGGAGGACGGCCAUGACACCCUCUUCACCGCGUCAGAAGUGGAGGGCCUGAACUCGCUGUCUGCGGACCACAGCGUGGCCAAGAGCCUGGAGCGCGGCGAGCGGCUGGUCUGCCGCGAGGAGCUGAGUAUGCAGCAGCAGACCCCAGACACCAUUUCAAUCAAGCUUGAAGAGGAUAUUGGUGGAGGCUGGCCCGCCGUGGAAGACUGUGAUGCCUUUGGAGACCGUAGCACUCAGCUCGGCGCCACCUCAGAGAUUCUGGGUGUGGACGCCCCUGGCUCCUCCCACAUGUCCAGUCGUUGCAAGGAACUGGUGCAGCAGACCCCAGACACCAUUUCAAUCAAGGUUGAAGAGGAUAUUGGUGGAGGCAUGCCCGCCGUAGAAGACGGCAAUGACAUCAGAGACUGCAGCACGCAGCGCGGCGCCACCUUGGAGAGUCUGCGUGUUGGCGCCCCUGGUUCCUCCCACAUGUCAAGUCACAGCGGGGAGCUGCGCAUCCUGAGCGUUUACGGACAAGGGGAGGGUCCACUGGCGGUGGACGGCCAUAACGCCCUUUUUGCCGCGUCAGAACUGGAGGCCUUGAGCUCGCUCUCCGCUGACCACAGCGUGGCCAAGAGCCUGAACUGCAGCGUUCAGCUCGUCCGCCUUGAGGAGCUGACUGGGCAUCCGGGCGGCCGCAAGGGCCGGCCCGGUGUCUUGUGUGGAAAGGUUAUUCCCAACAAUGCCAAUAUGAUUAUCCACAUGAGAACUCACUCCGGGGAAAAGCCCUACAAGUGUGACCAAUGCACAAAGGGCUUCAGUCUGAAAAGCCACUUGAAGAGCCACAUGAGGACUCACUCCGGUGAGAAGCCCUACAAGUGUGACCAAUGCACGAAGCGCUUCCAGCGGAAAUGCGACCUGAAGAUCCACCUGAGGACUCACUCUGGGGAGAAGCCCUACAAGUGUGACCAAUGCACGAAGGGCUUCAGUCUGAAAAGCCACUUGAAGAGCCACAUGAGGACUCACUCCGGUGAGAAGCUAUACAAGUGUGACCAAUGCACGAAGCGCUGCCGAAGCACAAGCCACCUGAAUCACCACAUAAUGACUCACUCUGGGGAGAGGCCCUAUAGGUGUGACCUAUCCACGAAGGGCUUCGGUCUGAAAUGCGACCUGAAUAUCCACAUGAGGACUCAUUCCGGGCUGAAGCCCUACAAGUGUGACCAAUGCACGAAGAGCUUCAGUCUGAAAAGCCACUUGACGGGCCACUUGAGGACUCACUCCGGUGAGAAGCCAUACAGGUGUGACCAAUGCACGAAGGGCUUCAUUCUGAAAGACCUCCUGAAGCGCCACAUGAGAACUCACUCUGGGGAGAAGCCCUACAAGUGUGACCAAUGCAAGAAAUGCUUCCGUCUGAAAUGCCGCCUGAAGCGCCACAUGAUGACUCACUCUGGGGAGAAGCCCUACAAGUGUGACCAAUGCACGAAGCGCUUCAGUCUGAAAGACCUCCUGAAGCGCCACAUGAUGACUCACUCUGGGGAGAAGCCCUACAAGUGUGACCAAUGCACGAAGCGCUUCAGUCUGAAAAGCAACCUGAAUAUCCACAUGAGGACUCACUCUAGGGAGAAGCCCUACAAGUGUGACCAAUGCACGAUGCGCUUCAGUCAGAAAGGCACCCUGAAGCGCCACAUAAUGACUCACUCUGGGGAGUGGCCCUAUAGGUGUGACCAAUGCACGAAGCGCUUCCAGCGGAAAUGCGACCUGAAGAUCCACCUGAGGACUCACUCCGGGGUGAAGUCCUACAAGUGUGACCAAUGCACGAAGAGCUUCAGUCAGAAAAGCCACUUGAAGAGCCACAUAAUGACUCACUCCGGUGAGAAGCCAUACAAGUGUGACCAAUGCAUGAAGUGCUUCAGUCUGAAAUGCGACCUGAAUAUCCACAUGAGGACUCACUCCGGGGUGAAGCCCUACAAGUGUGACCAAUGCACGAAGAGCUUCAGUCAGACAAGCCACCUGAAGAUCCACAUGAGGACUCACUCCGGGGUGAAGCCCUACAAGUGUGACCAAUGCACGAAGAGCUUCAGUCAGACAUGCCACCUGAAGAUCCACUUGAGGACUCACUCUGGGGAGAAGCCCUACAAGUGUGACCAAUGCAUGAAGCGGUUCAGUGAAGGCCGCACCUUGAAUAUCCACAUGAGGACUCACGAUAAGCCCUACAGGUGUGACCAAUGCCCAAAGUGCUUCAGUGAAGGCCGCACCUUGAAGAUCCACAUGAGGACUCACUCCGGGAAGAAGCCCUACAAGUGUGACCAAUGCAUGAAGUGCUUCAGUCAGAAAGGCUCCCUGAAGCACCACAUGAUGACUCACUCUGGGGAGAAGCCCUACAGAUGUGACCAAUGCACGAAGCGCUUCAUUCAGACAAGCCAACUGAAGGUCCACAUGAGGACUCACUCCGGGGUGAAGCCCUACAAGUGUGACCAAUGCACGAAGGGCUUCAGUCUGAAAAGCCACUUGAGGGGCCACUUGAGGACUCACUCCGGUGAGAAGCCAUACAGGUGUGACCAAUGCACGAAGUGCUUCAGUCUGAAAGACACCCUGAAGCGCCACAUGAUGACUCACUCUGGGGAGAAGCCCUACAAGUGUGACCAAUGCAAGAAGUGCUUCAGUCUGAAAGGCCCCCUGAGGCACCACAUGAGGACUCACUCUGGGGAGAAGCCCUACAAGUGUGACCAAUGCACGAAGGGCUUCAUUCUGAAAGCCCCCCUGAUGGUCCACAUGAGGACUCACUCCGGCGAGAAGCCCUACAAGUGUGACCAAUGCAAGAUGCGCUUCAGUCAGAAAGGCACCCUGAAGAUCCACAUGAGGACUCACUCUGGGGAGAAGCCCUACAAGUGUGACCAAUGCACGAUGCGCUUCAGUCAGAUAGGCGGCCUGAAGAUCCACCUGAGGACUCACUCCGCGCCCGGGGAGCAGAUGGGGGUUUCAGGUGCCUUGCUCAAGGGCACCUCAUCCGUGGAGCUACGACCGCGUGAGCUGCUCAACACACCCAUACCGGUAGUUCUUUCCUGGAGUAACAUUAUAGUUUGCAAGCAUGGAAGUUGCUCAGUGUUGGGAUGUACAAAUUAUCACAAAAGUCUAUGUUUAGUUCCUUCAUCCGAGCCUAUUUUAUCUGGAAACGCGCCAAACAUUUCGCCGAGUCCGGAUAAGUUCCAACACUCCUCGGCUCAGCUACAAACCUCGGACAAGGCCCACUCAUAUUUUUACAUUCAGCUGCUUCUCUCAAGGGAUUUUGCCUGCCAUACAGACUACCUGGAAACAAAUACUGUAGCCACACGGCUAUCCUUAAAGACUUUGCUGCCCCAUUUUACAAGUGAAGUACACAUUUUAGACCAUAGCACGCAGCGCGGCGGCACCUCAGAGAGUCUGGGUGUGGACGCCCCUGGCUUCUCCCACAUGUCCAGUCACAGCGGGGAGCUGCGGAUCCUGAGCGUCUACGGAAAAGGGGAGGGCCCAAUGGCGGUGGACGGCCAUGACACCCUCUUCACCGCGUCUGAAGUGGAGGCCCUGAACUCGCUGUCUGCGGACCACAGCGUGGUCAAGAGCCUGGAGCGCGGCGAGCGGCUUGUCUGCCGCGAGGAGCUGAGUGUGCAGCAGACCCCAGACACCAUUUCAAUCAAGGUUGAAGAGGAUAUUGGUGGAGGCAUGCCUGCUGUAGAAGACUGCGAUGCCUUUGGAGACCGUAGCACGCAGCGCGGCGCCACCUCGGAGAGUCUGGGUGUGGACGUCCCUGGCUCCUCCCCCAUGUCCAGUCACAGCGGGGAGCUGAAGAUCCUGAGCGUUUAUGGUAAAGGGGAGGGCCCACUGGCGGUGGACGGCCAUGACACCCUCCUCACCUCGUCAGAAGUGGAGGACCUGAACUCGCUGUCUGCGGACCACAGCGUGGCCAAGAGACUGGCGCGCGGCGAGCGACUGGUCCGCCACGAACAGCUGAGUGUGCAGCAGCAGACCCCAGACACCAUUUCAAUCAAGGUUGAAGAGGAUAUUGGUGGAGGCUUGCCCGCCGUAGAAGACUGCGAUGCCUUUGGAGACCGUAGCACUCAGCGCAACGCCACCUCAAAGAUUCUGGGUGUGGACGCCCCUGGCUCCUCCCACAUGUCCAGUCGUAGCGAGGAACUGAUGCAGCAGACCCCAGACACCAUUUCAAUCAAGGUUGAAGAGGAUAUUGGGGGAGUCUUGCCCGCCGUAGAAGACGGCAUUAACAUUAGAGACUGCAGCACGCAGCGCGGCGCCACCUCGGAGAGUCUGUGUGUGGACGCCCCUGGCUCCUCCCACAUGUCCAGUCACAGCGGGGCGCUGAAGAUCCUGAGCGUCUACGGUAAAGGGGAGGGCCCACUGGCGGUGGACGCCCAUGACACCCUCUUCACCGCGUCAGAAGUGGACUCGCUGUCUGCGGACCACAGCGAGGCCAAGAGCCUGGAGCGCGGCGAGCGGCUGGUCUGCCGCGAGGAGCUGAGUGUGCAGCAGCAGACCCCAGACACCAUUUCAAUCAAGGUUGAAGAGGAUACUGGUGGAGGCUUGCCUGCCGCAGAAGACUGGGAUGCCUUUGGAGACCGUAGCAAUCAGCGCAACGCCACCUCAAAGAUUCUGGGUGUGGACGCCCCUGGCUUCUCCCACAUGUCCAGUCGUAGAGAGGAACUGGUGCAGCAGACCCCAGACACCAUUUCAAUCAAGGUUGAAGAGGAUAUUGUUGGAGGCAUGCCCGCCGUAGAAGACGGCAUUAACAUUAGAGACUGCAGCACGCAGCGCGGCGCCACCUCGGAGAGUCUGCGUGUGGACGCCCCUGGCUCCUCCCACAUGUCCAGUCACAGCGGGGCACUGAAGAUCCUGAGCGUCUACGGUAAAGGGGAGGGCCCACUGGCGGUGGACGCCCAUGACACCCUCUUCACCGCGUCAGAAGUGGAGGCCUUGAGCUCGCUGUCCGCUGACCACAGCGUGGCCAAGAGCCUGAACUGCAGCGUGAGGCUCGUCCGCCUUGAGGAGCUGACUGGGCAUCAGGGCGGCCGCAAGGGCCGGCCCGGUGUCUUGUGUGGAAAGGUUAUUCCCAACAAUGCCAAUAUGAUCGUCGACAUGAGGACCCGACCAGACGAGAAGCGGUACGGGUGCGAACAAUGCACGAAGCGCUUCACUUACCUAUUCAAACUGAAGAACCACAUGAGGACUCACACCGGCGAGAAGCCCUACAGCUGUGACCAAUGCACGAAGAUCUUCAGUCAGCAUUACGAACUGAAGAACCACAUGAGGACUCACUCCCGCGAGAAGCCCUACAGCUGUGACCAAUGCAUGAAGAGCUUCAGUCAGCAAUACGAUCUGAAGAACCACAUGAGGACUCACACCGGCGAGAGGCCCUACGGGUGCGACCAAUGCAUCAAGCGCUACAGUCAGAAAGGCAAGCUGAGCAUCCACAUGAGGACUCACUCCGGGGAGAAGCCCUACAGGUGUGACCAAUGCGCAAAGCGCUACAGUCACCGCUCCACCCUCAAGAUCCACAUGAGGACUCACACCGGUGAGAAACCCCACAGGUGUGACCAAUGCACGAAGUGCUUCAGUCAAAGUGUACACCUGAAGAGCCACAUGAAGACUCACACCGGGGAGAAACCUUACAGCUGUGACCAUUGCACAAAGCGCUUUGCUCGGCAUUGCAACCUUAAUGUCCACAUGAAGACUCACACCGGUGAGAAGUUUAAUUUCUAACACAAGGUUAGUUUUGUUCCUAACAUUAUGAAAAUCUGGCCCUUUGUCCAAAAUUCCGAAGUACCCCUUUAAAGGGAUGCUUUGACGCCUGUAUCCACGUGCUGCUUUUUUUUCAUCGUGAUUAAACGCUUUCCAACUUUUGAUUCGCCAUGUUUUUAUUUUUGAGAAAUGAUGUCUGAGAUGAAAAAUAACUUGGUUAGAGGACACGUCUGACUGCAAAACAUUUGAUAUAUCUUUAGAGCUUAAUCAUGGGAAGAAACAGGCAGCAAAGUUACCAAGCAUUUGCUCAAUUGCAAACGCAAACUAUCUUAAAACCUUUCAAUUAGACGGGACGGGAGGUAUCUCUAGUGCCAAGGAGAAUGUAUAUAAAUUACUUUAAAUUGACUUAAUUUUGUAAACGGGGUUCAUAUCAUUUUUAUACAACGGGGGACCUAAAUCCAGCGAUCUGAUUGGUUCCCAACUGUUGUAUAAUGAGCAUAUACAUAACUGCUAUGACGCCCGAUCAUUUUGUGAAAGUUUGCAUAUCACUCCGCGCCUGGAAGUAGAAACGGUUACAAAGUAAAACAUGUGUUGGAUGAUGGAGAGGGUGUCAAUGUUGUUACUCCGGGAGUGAGUAAGGCGAUGGAGAGACUAACGAAAGCUUAGGCACACGGCGAGUGAACCGCUCCAUAGGAUAAAUUGCCGGUGAACCGCUCUAUCGGAGCCUUCUCUCGGAGGGACGCUAAAGUGUGUUGCAUAGCGACCGUCGAUGCAUAGCGGCAGCCAGGAGGGAUACUUUUUUGUAUUCUUUAACAAAACGGCUACUUUGACUUUCUUUGUUUCUUUUUAAAUGUAGUGUGUCUAUGACUUUCGUUUCGCCAUAACAGUAACCGUUGUAUAAAAGCAAUAGAUCACUUCAGUCAGUGGCAUGUGGUCAUUAUACCACUGUGAAGGGGGUCGCCGGCCCUGGUUUAAUGAGCACAUACCACAGCCUGGCGUCAUCUAUUGCUUAAGCAUACAAUUGUAUAUUGAAGCUACGCUUGAUAUUUCCACAACUAGGCUAUGUCAUUACCUCUACCUUUGUUAUUAGAAAAAGCCUGCAAAGUUCACUUUAAUCGUUAGACUGCAAUUAAACCCCACAUUAUACAUGAUUGUUUGUUUCACUUACCUUUUGGCAUGUCCUUAAUGCCAUCUACCUCUUGUUUUGACUUUCUAAUUGCUGUAUUUCUACUGCCAUUAUUUACUAGUUCAUAUCUUGGAUAAUAUCACAAUCUGCAAUCGUGGUUGAAGAUCGUCCACUUAAAAAGGUCACUGGUUAAAUGUCUAGAUCUCAGUAAUGCUUGAGUCAGUUCAUUCCGGUCCUCUCUAGAAUGCAGCAUUAUUCUAAUGGGACAGUGAGAAGAUUCCUAGCAUUGGUCACCCUUCAUUCCUUGUUUGUCUAACGAAAGUUAAACGAAAACCUAAUAAAUGUAUCAUGUAAACUUCAAGUCUACAAGAUACCAAUGAAUGGUGUGAAUGAGAACUUUUUUUUUUACAUUUGGAAUCAAACAUUUGACACAUUGCAUCAAGGGAUAAUAUCUUGUACAUUAUGCUGAUUACAUGGAUCCUUUCUUAACAAAUCGGACACAAAAUAUAACUUGACAAUGAGAAUAUAUUCAUUGGCGUAUUAUCUUCUAUAGGCCUGGGUCCACGUCAACACAAAACAAACAUGGCUGAAAUUUUCAUAGGGACAAUUAAAUAUUUUGAUUUGUAUCGUUUGUAUCGAAAUGUGCAUUUUUUUUUCAUGAUAGUCGUUAAGCGAUUGUAUAUGACAUUUAAUUUGUUAGUUAUUAUAAAGUUCUUUCAGAUCUCACCAGAAAAUUUUUGAAUUUAAAGUUUUCUAUAGUUUCUAUGGUGGUUGAUACCCUUCAGACCCGUUCACCCUAAAACUACUUACAGUACACAGAUACAUGUGAUUGGAGUAGGUAGGGGUUAGACAGUCAAUACAGAUACAUGUGAUUGAAGGAGUAGGUAGGGGUUAGACAGUUAAUACAGAUACAUGUGAUUAAGCAGCAGGUAGGGGUUAGACAGUGAAAAUGGAUAUGUCGUAACAGGUAGGGGUUAGACAGUGAAUAAGGAUAUAUGUGCUAACAGGUCUGGGUUAGGGUUAGACAUUGAAUAAGGAUAUAUGUGCUAAUAGGUGGGUUUGACAGUGAAUAGGGAAAUACAGGUCAUACUCCGAAAAUUAGAAUAUCGUGCAAAAGUUAAUUUAUUUCAGUAAUUCAACUUAAAAGGCCAAACUGACACAUUAUGUAGACUCAUUACAUGCAAAGGGAGAUAUUCCAAUCCUUUAUUUGUUAUAAUUUUGAAGAUUAUGGUUUACAGCUUAUGAAAACCGAAAAUCUCAGAAAAUUGGAACAUUACAUUACAUUCAUUACAUGAAAUCAAUAAAAAAAGGAUUUUAAAUAAAGAAAUGUUGGCCUUAUGAAAAGUAUAAUCAUGCAUAGAUACUCAGUACUUGGUUUGGGCCCCUUUUGCAUGAAUUACUGCCUUAAUGCGGUGUGGCAUGGAUGCUAUUAGCCUAUGGCACUGUUGAGGUGUUAUGGAUGACCAGGAUGCUUCACUAGCGGCCUUCAGCUCUUUGGCAUUGUUCGGUCUCAUGUCUUUCAUCUUUCUCUUGGCAAUGCCCCAUAUAUUCUCUGGGGUUCAGAUCAGGCGAGUUGGCUGGCCAAUCAAGGACGGUAAUCCCAUGGUCAUUGAACCAGGUUUUUGUAGUUUUGGCAGGGUAGGCAGGUGCCAAGUCCUGCUGGAAAAUGAAGUCAGCAUCCCCAUAAAGAUGGUCCGCUGAAGGAAGCAUGAAGUGCUCUAAAAUGUCCUGGUAGACGGCUGCGUUGACUCUGGUCUUAAUAAAGCACAGUGGACCAACACCAGCAGAUGACAUGGCUCCCCAAACCAACACAGACUGGAAACUUCACACUAGACUUUAAGCAUCUUGCAUUCUGUGCCUCUCCAAUCUUUUUCCAGUUUCUGGGACCUUGGUUUCCAUAUGGACUUUGGACCAUUGAGCAAUAGACCAGUUCUUUUUUUCUUUAGCCCAGGUAAAAUGCUUCUGACGUUGUUUUUUGUUCAGGAGCGGCUUGACAAGAGGAAUACGACAUUUAAAGCCCAUUUCACAGAUUGGUCUGUGUGUGGUGGCUCUUGAUGGACUCACCCCAGCCUCAGUCCAGUCCUGGUGAAGCUCUCCAACACUUUUGAAAGGCCUUUUGCGCACAAUCCUCUCCAGGCUUGGGUCGUCCCUGCUGCUUGUGCACCUUUUCCUUCCACACUUUGCCCUUCCACUUAACUUUCUUUGUGACACUUUGAGCCUACAGUUUGGAAAAUGUUCACAAUAUUAUAAUUUUCUGAGAUUUUGAAUUUGGGGUUUUCAUAAAUUGUAAGCAAUAAUCUUCAAAAUUAUAACGAAUAAAGGCUUGAAAUAUCUCACUUUGCAUGUAAUGAGCCUACAUAAUGUAUUAGUUUGGGCUUUUAAAUUACUGAACUUUUGCACGAUAUGCAAAUGUUAUGAGUAUGAC